AUGGUCACACAAUGGCCUCUUUUGAUCAAUGCCCACACAGAGCAAGACAACAAGAAGUUUGACCUGGAACCAGAUGCCAAGUACGCUUUCUCUGGCAUCACAACCUUUGCUCAACUUCCAGCUGUUCAGUGUCUGGCUGAGGAAGGGACCGUAGACGACAUCCUUGUGCUCGGGUUCCCCUUUGACACGGCAACUUCGUACCGCACUGGGACAAGAUUUGGGCCUAACGCCGUCAGACAAGGCUCGAGAGCGGCUUCUUUAGCAGGUCAUUACAACUACCGUCAGGGCAUCAAUCCAUUUGAGCAAAACAUAUCCAUUGUUGAUUGCGGCGAUCUUCCCAUCUCUCCAUUUGACAACGCUUUGGCCUUCGCUCAGAUGGAGGAGUGGUACUCGAGACUUCUCACUCGUAAGGUUGAGAAUGGCAUUAUUUCGGCGAAGACCGGCAAGGCCCAUCCGCAAAUUGUCGCUCUUGGUGGUGACCACAGCAUUUCUCUCCCCAUUCUUCGCUCGCUGUACAAGGUCCACGGCGCCAUAUCUGCCAUCCACAUCGACGCACACAUCGAUACCUGGUCGCCCAAAGUCUUCGCCGGGUCCCGCGGAUCGCCCAGCGAGCAGUCCCAGUUUGCUGACGGCACCCCGUACUACUGGGCAGGCACCGAGGGCCUCCUCAGUGACUCCUCUGUCCACGCGGGCAUCAGAAGUACGCUGGACUCUGCGACGGACAUGGAUAUUGACGCCAAGAUGGGCUUCACCACGAUCCCUGCUGGCGCGAUUCUGCAGGAAAACGGACUGCAGCACGUUAUCGAGACCAUCAGGGCUACCGUGCCUCACGAUAAGCCAGUCUACGUCUCCCUCGACGUUGAUGUUCUGGACCCCGCCUUCGCACCGGGCACCGCCGGACCAGCGUCUGGUGGCUGGAUGCCAAGGGAGAUUAUUCAGGUCAUCAUCGAAGCGCUUGAGGGGCUUGACAUUGUUGGUGUGGACGUCGUGGAGAUUUUGCCCGGAAUGGACGUCUCCGAGAUCACGGGAAUUGCUGCUGCUGAAUUCACUUUUGAGGCAAGUUACAUCCCUGCAUCUUUGAUGUUGAGAAUAUCAGCUAAUACUGCAACGUAG